AUGUCGGAACCUACCGAGACUGUGAUAAUCGUCGGCGCCGGCAUCGUCGGCUCCGCCUUGGCCUAUUUUCUGUCCUCGUCACCCACGCCCCGAAAGAUCACACUGAUCGACCGCUCUUUCGGUCCGCUCGUCGGCUCCACCGGCCACGCACCGGGAUUUGUGGGCCAGUUCAACGAGUCCGAAGUCCUUACCAAACUGGCCGUCGAGACCGUGUCAGAAUACACCAAGAUCCCUGGAGGCUUUGACUCCGUGGGCGGAAUGGAGGUCGCCUUCCAACCGGCCGGGGUCGAGCGGUUGAGAUUGAGGUGCACGAGUGCGGCGCACCGGGGUCUAUCGGCCGAGAUGCUAAGCAUCGAGAGAGCGCAUGCACUUGCGCCGGAGCUCAUCAAGGAGUCAAGUGCCGGGGUAGCGGUUUUGUAUCCGUCCGAUGGGACUGCCGACGCAUGCAGAAUCACCUCCUUCUACCAGAAGGAAGCAACAAAGUUGGGAGUGCAAGUCUCGCAACGCAACGUCAAGAAGAUUAUCAUCCAGGACGGCCGCGUGGUCGGCGUAGAGUUUGUUGACGGCGGUUCUGUCAAGCAACUCAACGCCGACAAAGUUGUCAUCACGACCGGAAUCUGGGCCCAAGAUUUAUGCAGCAAUCUCGGCUUCCCGGUGCCCGUCAUCCCCGUCGGUCACCCAUACAUGCAUGGUAAACCGAGAAACCCGUUACCGCGGAAGUUGCCUUUCGUCCGUUGGCCGGAGCAUCACGUCUACGCCAGAGAUCAUGGGGACAGGUACGGCAUUGGCAGCUACAACCACGAGCCCCUCGGAUGCAAAUCCAAGAAUGGCACGGCCACUGGAAGUUGGGUCAAGGGCUUUGAGCAGACGCUACAAUCCGCAGCAGAGCUCUUGCCGCUGGAUGCUGCUGAGGAGUUUGACCAAGGAGCAAGCUUCAAUGGGAUAUUCUCAGUGACUCCCGACAAUAUGCCGCUUGCUGGGUCAGUGCAGUCUGUGCCGGGAUUGCAUAUAGCUACUGCGGUUUGGGUCACUCACGCAGCGGGCACGGCCAGGUUUCUGGCAAGAAUGAUCGAUGGCGAGGGUGUGAAUCAGGGGACUCGGACAGUUUUGGAUCCUGAACGAUUCAAGGGACAAGACUUUGCAACAUUGGAGAAGAUGUCACUUAUCAGAUAUAAUGACAUAUACAAGACUGAAGGAAAGUCAAUAUAG